AUGCUCGACGCGCCCGCCUCGCUCGUGCAAGCCUUCAAAGCCAAAGGCCACAAAGUCAUCUGCUACUUCUCCGCCGGCACGUGGGAGAAAUGGCGCGCCGACGCCGACCAGUUCCCCGCCGCCGCCCUUGGCCGCACCGUCGGCGGCUGGCCAAACGAGCGGUGGCUCAACACCAGCAAUCCAGAGGUGCGCGACAUCAUGGUGGCGCGGAUGAAGGUGGGGCAAGCGAAGGGAUGCGACGGCGUGGACCCGGACAACAUCGACGGGUAUGAGAACAAUACCGGCUUCGACAUCACCGAGGACCAGGCGGUCGACUAUGUGCAGUUUCUGCAGCGCACGGCCAACAGUCUCGGCAUGGCGGCCGGGCUGAAGAACGGAGGGGACAUCAUCCCGCGCGUGAUCAACGGGUCGGCGUGGAGCGUCAACGAGCAGUGCGUGCAGUACAACGAGUGCGAGCCCUAUCAGGCCUUCAUCAAGCAGAACAAGCCCGUCUUCCAUCUGGAGUAUACGAAGAAGGCGCCGGCACCCAAGUCGUUUGUCAAGAAGUCUUGCGACGAUCCGCAGGCCAAGGGCUUCUCGACACUGGUCAAGCAUUUGAGUCUGAACCAGUGGACCACCACUUGCAAGUGA